UCUUAUGGGAGGUCACUUGAGCAGCUUCUCAGUGAUCAUUUGGAAGUCAGAGGCGAGGAUUUUUUUCUUACAUAAGCAACACCACAACAUUCCUGACUUCUGGAGGAAAAACUCAGUGUCUGGCACAAGAUUCAGUUUCAAAGAGAAGGAGACCUUAUUCCAGGGAGGAGAAUGAUAAAGCAAGUGUUGAUUGGAAUCCUGUGCGGUGCUUCUGUGCUGACCGCGGGUAUCCUGAUCGGUCACUAUGGUAUCACUAAGAGCAACGGCUCCGCACCGUCCUGGGUGAAGGAUGUGGCGAAGGACGUGGACGAGAACCUCAUUGAGAAGUUCUUGUCUGAGGUGGACAACAUUCAGAUUCAGGAAAACCUCCGGGAGUUGACCAAAGUGCCCCAUAUGGCCACCACAGCUGGAGACGAGCAGACGGUGCAGUUUAUGCUGAAGAGAUGGCAGGACCCAGAAACCGGUCUGGACCAGGCCUGGAGAGAGGAGUACAUGGUCUACCUGUCUUUCCCUGACCCCAAGAAACCCAACAAGGUCACUGUAGUGGGCUCCUCUGAUACUGUGCUGUACACUGCGAGAGAAAAAGAGAAAAGUUAUACUUCCGACCAAGAUGAUCCUGAGGUGGUUCAGCCAUACGCUGCAUACUCCCCUGCUGGACAUGCAAAGGGGAAACUGGUUUACGCCAACCAGGGGAAACCAAGCGACUACCAGCUGUUGAACGAGACAGUGGACCUGAGAGGAACCAUCGCAAUCACAAGAUAUGGCGGAGCAGGGAGAGCUGAUAAAGCCAUCAACGCAGCCCCCUACGGAGUCAUUGGUGUGCUUGUCUACACAGACCCUUUGGACAUCAACGAUGGUCUCAUGUCAGACAUCAAUGAGACGUAUCCUCACUCCUGGUACAUGCCGCCGUCUGGAGUGGAGAGAGGCUCCUUCAACAGUCGCUAUGGAGACUUGCUCACACCCUACCUGGCUGCCAAAGAUGAAACCUACAGAAUUUCAACCGAGAACAUCACAGGGAUCCCUCCCAUUCCAAUUCAACCAAUAGGAUUUGAGGAUGCCUACAGGCUUAUCUGUGAGCUAGGUGGAACAGCAGCUCCAGCUGCAUGGCAUGGAGCAUUCAACUGUACCUACAACUUUGGCGGUCCGGGGUUCAAACCCACAUCUGCUUUCAACAACAGUGAAGUGAAACUGGACAUCUUCAACCAUGAAGAACUGAAAAACUCCUCCAAUGUGAUGGGAGUUAUCAGAGGGAGUGUCGAGCCAGACAGGUAUGUGAUCUAUGGGAACCACAGGGACAGUUGGGUUCAUGGUGCCAUCGACCCGAGCAGUGGGACGUCGGUCAUGCUGGAAUUGACCAGAGUGCUGGGCACGAUGGUGAAGCAGGGCAAAUGGAGGCCUCGCAGGUCCAUUAUAUUUGGAAGCUGGGGAGCGGAGGAGUUUGGCCUUAUUGGGUCUGCGGAAUACACAGAGCAAUACUUCACCAAGCUCAGUGAGCGAACUGUUGCUUAUAUUAAUGUGGAUAUAGCUGUUUUUGCCAACGCCACUCUCAGGGCUUCUGGGAUGCCAUCACUACAGAACGUCAUCUUUAAAGCCACAAAACAGGUCGAUGCACCUGGACUGGACUCCACAUCUGUGUAUGACAACUGGAUUCGAUAUGCCAACAGGACAAGCCCGGCCCAUGGACACAUUCCCAAGGUGGGAUACUUGUCAGGAGCAGGGAGUGACUACGCUGCCUUUGUCCAUUACCUGGGCAUCACUUCCAUGGACAUUUCAUACACAUACGACAGGAGUAAAACAAAUGCUCGGAUAUACCCAGCGUACCACACAGCAUACGACACCUUUGACUACGCUUCAAUGUUCAUUGAUCCUGGAUUCGUCAGUCACCAGGCCAUUGCCAGGACAGCAGGAAACAUCCUGAUCCGACUGGCUGACAGCCUGGUGUUGCCAUUAAACUGCAGUGACUACGCAGAGAGCCUGGAGGACUACCUCAACACAGCAGUCAGCCUAUAUCAGCACCAACUGCAAGCUAGGGAAAUCUCCAUGGAACCACUGAAAUACGCAGUGGCCAGCUUUCGCAGUGCAGCUACUCAUUUGGAUGAGGUGAUUCGCAGUUCAGACCUGGCAAAUGAAACACCGCUGAAGGUCAGAAGGAUCAACGACCAGCUCAUGCUGUUGGACCGAGCCUUCUUGGACCCUCUGGCCUUCCCAGAUAAAUAUGCAUACAGGCAUGUUAUCUGGGCCUCAAGUAGUGCCGGCAAGCCAACCUUCCCAGGUCUGGCUGAUGCCUUUGCCAACGCUGAGUCAUCAGGACAAUCCAGUGACUGGGACAAAGUGCACUACCACCUGUCAGUCCUGAGCCAGGCCAUCGAGGGCGCUGCUCACACACUGGUCGACGUCAUAUAGACAAAGAGGAGGAAGGAGAGAGGAACUGCACUCGCUAAGGGAAUAUUAAUUAAAAAAAACGACAGGGACCUGCAGCCAAUGAGCACUGAUCAGCUCGGCCGUGGUGAGACUAUGGGUGAUAUAAAGUGAGGGCUUUUAUGAACCCAUGAGCAAAGCUCAUUGCCAAACAGCAACAUGAAGGGUUUCUUCUAUCUUUGUCACAGGAUUAAUAUAUUUAAAAAUGACUGACCUUUUUUUUUUUUUUUAAAUCACAGCUCUUUAUUAAAGAUGAACCACUGUUGUAGUUUAUUUUCAUGUGCACACCAACUGUUCAAAUUUGCUUACACUACAGAUUGAGAGUCCCUUUAUUUCCUGCAGAUACUAAUACUUUCCACAUUGUGUGAAAAACAGUUUGUACAACAAGAACAUAAAGAAAAGGCAAAUGCAAUUGAUCACUAAUGAAAUAAGAGACACAAAUAUCCUCCACAGUAAAUUACAUUAUCUUGUCAAAAAAUUAGAAAAUCAACGACCAGCUCUUUGACUUUUGGCUAUGUUGGAAAAGUUAUCUGUUCUCAUGACAAUGACCUAUUUUUUUUACAAAAUGAACAUGUAUAGGGUCUUGACAAAGAAAAUGGUGGGGUUGGUUUUUUAUUUCAAGUAUCUUACACAGCACAUUUCUUCUUGAGCAGGAAUAAGUCACAAUCAAUGAGGGAUGAUGACUUGCUAAUUAUUCAGACAUUUACAUCAUCUAUGUGUGCCGAAACUAUUUCAUCUGACAGGAGCAGUUAA